AUGAGUUCAAUUGUGCGCCUCGUUUUCUCUAUGGUAGCCGAGGCCUGCAGUGUCAUGGAGAAAGACAAGGAGCGCCAUGCCAAACUCUACGGUGGCCUCCGAUCCAUCAAGCGGGAGAUGGAGAUGGUGAUUGCCUUGAUGAAGGACAAGGACACGGAGUGCCGAGGAGCGGUGCAGGAGAUCAGGUUUCAGCAGCUGCAGGAGUUCGCCUACGAUGUCGAAGAUUUCGUGCAAGGUCUCUGGGAUCCAGCAGCCUAUGGCAAACUCCUCGUGGCCAUAAGGAUGGACCCCCGUACCGAACAGCUCAGAAGCAUUGACCAGUUCAAGGAGACAAUCUCGUCUCUGGCAAAUGAUUUGAAGCAUCAUCAGGGCGCUGAACCGAACCAGCAGGGCGAAGAUACAGAUCAUCAUCAGGCUGCUGCUAUGUCAGGCGACCCGGAUGAAGAAUAUGCAGAGGAGCAGCAGCUUGAGGCUAUGGACCGGCCCAAGAGUAAAAUCGUUGAGCUGCUCAAGCCCUCGCUAGGGGAGGGGCAGCAGCUGCGAGUGAUCUCCAUCGUGGGAUGCCGCGGCGUGGGAAAAACUGCCCUCGCAAGAGCAGUAUACGCCAAGUAUUCCUCCUCCGAUGAAUUCGACUGCGUUGCUUGGGUUGUAGCUUCUGGAUGCAACAAGAAGAAGGCCCUUCUAGACAAGGUUCUCGAGAGUGUUCGGGCGGAUCUUGCAAGAAGGCCUGCUCCUCAUCAUACGGAGGGAAAUGCUCCGUCCACGGAAGCUGAAGGCGCUUCCACCGCAAAACCCAGUCUCCAGGACAUUUUGUCCGAUAAGAGGUGCUUGGUCUUCAUUGACGAUGUGCAGCAAGUAAAAGUGUGGAAAGAUACAGUAGAUGCCUGCCCAAAACUUGGCAGCAAAAGCAGAAUAGUUGUGACCACGAGUGUUCUCUCUGUCGCCACAGCCUGCAGCUCUGGAAGUUAUGUGUACAGAAUGGGAUAUCUUAGUGAUGGUGAUUCAAAGAGUUUAUUCUGGAGAAGGGUUUAUGGAUGUCAAAAGGAACCUCCAUAUUCACUGGUAACGGAUUCAGAAAGCAUCUUCAGUAAAUGUGGUGGUUUACCACUGGCACUAACUAGUGUAGCCAAACAUUUGAAUAUAAUAGGAGAAAAGCUGGAGAGUACUCACUGUAGAGAGGUGGGACAAAACCUUGGCAAAGACUACCUGUCAGCUGGCAACAACAAUACAACAGUGAGCGUCUUCAAGGAAAUGAGAAGAGCACUUAGGCAUUGCUACGACAGCUUGCCUGACUAUGACCACAGGUCCUGCAUGCUUUACCUGGGCAUUUUCCCUAAGGGCCAUCAGAUUAAAAGCAAGAGCCUAGUGAGAAGAUUAAAGGCUGAAGGAUUAGUUGACAAUGAAGGCUGUAAAUGUUUUGAUGAGUUGAUUGACCGGUGUAUUGUUGAGCCAGUGGAGAUCUGCAACAAUUCGGUAGUUGCCAAAAGGUGUCAAGUUCAUAGUGUAGUGCUAGAGUACAUCAUUCAAAGGUCAGUAGCUAAAAAUGUGGUCACUCUUAUUCAAGACCAUGAGCCCGUACUUAAAGGAAGCACUACUGAGGCCUGUGUCCGCCGACUCUCUAUUCAGUCCAGCACCAAAGAAAGAUUUGAUGAACUUGAUGAUGACAAGUCUGCUUUAAGGUCGUUAACAAUGUUCAACACUGAGCCGCCUUCUGAUUUACAGAGGUGCAAGAUGCUGCGGAUCCUUGAUCUUGAAGGUUGCAAUGGGCUUGACCUUGACCAGGAAUUUCUUGAAGGCCUAUGUGAGUUGCUGCUUCUCAAGUAUCUCAACCUCAGGAGAACUCGCAUCAACAAGCUUCCCCGAAAAAUGGAGAAACUUCAACGUUUGGAAACGCUGGAUAUCCGAGAGACAAGGGUGGAAAGAUUGCCCAUGCAGGUCAUCAUGUUGCCCAAGUUAGCUUAUCUGUUUGGCAAGUUUCAGCUACCUGAGGUUCCCACCAAAGGAAAAGAAGCCGACAAGCUUUAUGAGUUCCUGAAAAAGAAGAGUGUACUUCACACACUUGCUGGAUUUGUUACCAAUAAGAGACGAAGCCCCGAACAUGUUAUACUUCUCGCAAGAAACCUGAAGAAGGUUAAAGUAUGGUGCAACGAUACUCCUGCUGAUGCAUUUCCUGAUCCUGAACCUGUCUCAAGCAGUGUUGCUGCUUCUGAUCGUCCAUCAUCAACAAGGCGUCCGAGGUCUGGCAAAACACGUGGUGUAGUGUCACAGGCUCAUUAUGACUGUCCUUGGAACAAGACUGAAGAACGUCCAAGCAACAACACUGAUUUUAUCAAGCUUCUUAAGAUGCGCGUCACCCCUCUCGAGUCUCUGUCCAUUAUUUCCAGUGAAGUUUGCAAUGACUUCUUGGGUUCACUAGAGGGUCCGUGCACCAUCAGUUCUAUCAAACUGCGGGGAAUUCUGAACAGUCUGCCUGAUUCUAACAAGUUGACUGAGCUAGGUAGAAUUAAGAAGCUGCAGCUCUUCUCAACUGGUCUCACCAUCAAAGAUCUAUCGGCCCUGCAAUGUCUACGUGGCUUGGAAUAUUUGAAGAUGGUAGAGCAUAAUACUGAUAGAUUCUGCAACGGUGUUUUCACUGUGGAGAAAAAGGGAUUUGAAAGUCUUAAGAGCAUGUGCAUUGACGCCCCAAAGCUUCCAAAAAUGCAAUUCAAAGAAGGUUCCAUGAGAAGCCUAACAUCCCUUUACCUCCUGUGUCCAAAUUCUGAGCUGCCAUCAGGAACCAUCGAGGGCAUCUCACAUCUUGCAAAUCUCAGUGAGGUGAUACUCCACAGUGCAAUGGAACAAGCGUGGGAAACAGUAGCAAACGGACACCCUAACCGGCCGUGUGUGAAGAGGCAACCAGCUGAACCAAUUGGCAACACAGUAGCGUAA